AGAGGGGGGUGGUUUGGCGUUGGUGGUGGGGUUACGUGUGAUUCUGGUAUAGAUGAGAAAGUAUCUAGAUGAGUGAGUGAGUGAGUGCAUAUCAUGAUAUGGUUUGGUCUCAUAAGUAGAGUAUCCCUAUAGGUAUCCUGUUUUGUUGGGCUAGUUUGUUUUCAUUUUUAAGUCGAAGUUUCGAUCGUAUAUGAAUGUGUGAGGAGAUUAAGAGGAAUAGGACUCAUAAAGUAGAUUCUCAUAUGCUGUUUGCUUCUGGUCAGAGCGAUUUACACAUCACAUAUUACCGUGGUAGGGUAUUUGAUUUCUAUUGUUUUCUAGGGUCUGGUGGGGUUUAUUCUGGGGUUGGAUAUAUGGGUCGUUUGUCAGUGAUGUUGGGUGGAAACAUGAAAGUGAUGAAAGAUUGCAUAAAGCGUAGAGUAAAAUGCAUGAAACUUUCCAUAAAAUGGAAAUCAACGGUGGACUCCACUACACAGUAGUAAAAGAAGGGGAAGGGGAAAUAAAACAGGCAUGAUCCCAUCCAUACUGGAAUGGAAUGGAAUGGAAUGCAUGCAAUAAAC